GGGAUCAGGACCAAUUGUAUUGGCUGCAGUACAGUGUACAGGGUCAGAGUCUACACUGAAGUGUGGAUCAGACAAACAUUUUAUUCCCUUCGGUAUUCAUGCUGAAGAUGUUGGAGUUGUCUGCUCAGUGCAGAUAUAAACACACUAAUCAAAGAGCAAGAGAAGAUUCUCGAACACUGGACCAAGCACUUCAACAGUGUACUGAGCCGCCCUUCCUCCAUCAACGAUGACGCCAUCAGUCGCCCCUGAGUGCCCACCAACAAUGAUCCACCGUUGCUCCCUGUGAUCCAGAAGGCGAUCCGUCAGCUCUCCAGCGGCAAAGCCUUGGGUGCUGACUCCAUUCCUGCUGAGGUCUACAAGGAACAUGGUACAGCCCUGGCUGAGAAGCUCCACCAGCUGUUUCUGCUUUUGUGGCAGCAGGAGUUCAAAAAUGCCUCCAUCAUACACCUGUACACACGAAAGGGCGAUCGCCAACCAUCGAGGUAUAUCCCCUUGCUCUCAGUCGCAGGCAAGAUACUCGCCAGGAUCCUGCUGAACCAACUGACAACACACCUUGACCAGGCCGGCGCGGUUUCCAGAAAGAGGGCGGGACGGUCGCCACGGUGUUCGCCGCCAGGCCACUGCAAGAGACCUGUCAGGAGCAGAACACUGACCUGUUCUCCACCUAUGUCGACCUGACCAAGGCCUUUGAUACUGUCAGUGGAAAAGGUCUGAGGAAGGUCAUGGCCAAGUAUGGAUGCCCACCGAAGUUCAUCUCCAUGGUGAAGCAGUUCCAGGAUGGCAUGCAGGCAAGCGUCCAGGACAACGGCGAGACGUUCCAGCCAUUCCCGAUCUCCGACAGUGUUAAGCAGGGCUGUGUCCCGGCACCGACACUCUUCAGCUUGAUGUUUUCUGCAGUGUUGACAGAUGCCUUCAGAGACGAUGACAUUGGAAUCUGCUUAAAGUACCACACAGAUGGCCAGCUAUUCAACCUCAGGAGGCCUCAAGCAAAAACCAAGGUUAUGACUGACGUCAUCAGAGACUUUCUCUUUGCUGAUGACUGUGCACUCAACGCUAGUUCAGAAGCUGAUUUUGCAACACAGCAUCAACAAGUUCUCCACUGCAGGCACCAGCUUUGGACAGUGUAUCAACGCCAUGCCAAGAAGCUGAACCACUUCCACACAAUGUGCCUCAGGAAAAUCCUCAACAUCAAACGGCAAGACAGGGUUGCAGACGCUGAAGUGCUCGCUCAAGCAGACUUUUCCAGCAUCUACACCAUCCUGAUGCAGUCUCAGCUGCGCUGGGCAGGACGCGUACCUUGCAUACGAGACCAUUGGUUGCCCAAAAGACUCUUCUAUGGCGAGCUACAGCAUGGCCAGAGAUCCCAGGGAGGACAGAAAAAACGCUUUAAAGAGUCCCUGAAGGCAUCGCUGAAAGCAUUUGAAAGAACGCAAAAAAAUGUUUGAAACACGCAAGAGGAAAAAUGUGUCUUGUUUCACAGUAGAAGAGGGACAAGAGGUGGCGAAAGGAGAGAAGCAUUUGACAGUUUUAUACUUCACAUAAUAACUUAACAUAAUGUUAAAACACUCAAUUGUUGUUUACUUGCCACAGGACAAAAUCACCCUCUCGUCUACAGUGUUCCCAGUUGAUC